AUGAUGCCUUGCAAGCAAUAUCAUCCUCUUGAAGUCCGCGCUCAAGUGUUGACUCUCUGGGCUAUUGGAUGGACCCCAGCCAAGAUCUCUAGAUCUCUUGAUAUAUCUAAACGUACAGUAGGCGAUAUGAUCAAGAGAGGUAAGGAUCGAGGCUAUAAUCCCAACCAGACCGGGAGUCUUCGCCUUGAAGCGAGAUAUAUAGAGGAUGGUAAGCGAUCUGGGCGCCCUAAGGAGAUCUGUGAAGCUACAGAGCGAGCUAUCUUGACCUCUGUUACUAAGGAUCGAAAUGGACGCGAGAAGUCUUCUGAAAUCCUUGCAUAUGAAGCUGGCCAUCGACGAGGAGCUAUCCGGGUCUGGAGAACUGUUCAGGAUAGUCAUAAUCGCACCUGUAUUCGAAGGCGCUGGAAGGGCUUCUCUGACUUUAUGGUCUGGGGUUGCUUUUCAUAUAAUAAGAAGGGCCCAUUACAUAUCUUUGAGCCAGAGACCUUGCAGCAGAAGAAGCAGGCAGAGCAAGAGAUUGAGCUUCUAAACGAGCAACUAGAACCUCAAUAUCGCGCGGAAUGGGAGCUUAAUAUGCAGAUGAGCCGCCUGGGGCUUCGUGGAAAGGGUGGUCGAAAGCCUGAAUGGAAGUGGAAUCAAAGGAAUGGCAAGCUAGUUCGAAAUAGCAUGAAGGGAGGCAUUGAUUGGUGGAGAUACCAGCAGGAGAUCCUUAUUACUCGCCUCCUCCCCUUCGCGCAAGAAUGCAUGAUCGAUCGACCUAAUACAGUUGUAUUAGAGGAUGGGGCACCUGCACAUAAACACCAUGACCAGCAACGUGUAUACAGUUUAUAUGGGGUUCAAAAGCUUCUUAACUGGCCUGGGAAUUCGCCUGAUCUUAAUGCAAUUGAACCUUGUUGGAUGUGGCUAAAGAGACGUACAACUGUUCGAGGUGCCCCCCGGGAUAAGAAGACUGGGAAGGAGGCCUGGAUAAAGGCCUGGGAUGAGCUACCUCAGGAACGAAUUCAACACUGGAUUCAAAGGCUUAGGAGGCAUAUCAAAGAGGUCAUCAAGAAUAAAGGAGGUAAUGAAUAUAAGGAGGGCCGCGAGGAUCGAGAUGUAAGGAGUUGGAAAGGCAAGCGCUUAAAAGGUCAGCUCUCUACACGCGAGGAUCUUGGGCCUUACAAGGCCUCUGAAUAG